AUGACACGAGAGCAGUAUAUAUUAGCAACACAACAGAACAGCCUUCCAAGGACUGAACAUCCUCAGUUUUACCCAGUAGGAAUUUAUGGAUGGCGAAAGAGGUGCUUAUACUUCUUUGUGCUUCUGUUGCUGGUUACCAUGAUUGUUAACAUGGCAAUGACAAUAUGGAUUUUGAAGGUUAUGAAUUUCACAGUGGAUGGAAUGGGAAAUUUGAGAGUCACUAAAAAAGGAAUACGACUUGAAGGAAUAUCUGAAUUUCUACUUCCACUAUACGUGAAAGAAAUCCAUUCCCGAAAGGAUAGCCCACUGGUCUUACAGUCUGACAGAAAUGUAACAGUGAACGCAAGAAAUCACAUGGGACAGUUAACUGGACAACUGACAGUAGGAGCUGAUGCUGUGGAGGCCCAGUGUAAAAGAUUUGAAGUGAGAGCAAGUGAAGGUGGAAAAGUAUUGUUUUCUGCAGAUGAAGAUGAGAUUGUCAUUGGAGCUGACAGACUGAAAGUAACAGGCACGGAAGGGGCAGUGUUUGGGCACUCUGUGGAGACACCCCAUAUCAGAGCAGAACCUUCCCAAGACCUCAAACUUGAAUCUCCUACGAGAUCUUUGGUGAUGGAAGCACCCAGAGGAGUGCAAGUCAAUGCAGCUGCAGGAGACUUAAAGGCUACCUGUAGGAAAGAACUGCACUUACAGUCCACAGAAGGGGAGAUAUUUUUAAACGCAGAUACAAUUCGCCUGGGAAAUCUACCAGUGGGUUCCUUUUCCUCCUCCUCCUCCUCCUUCUCCUCCUCCUCCUCUUCCUCCUCACCCAGCUCUUCAGCUCCUCGCCAGACUAUCUAUGAGCUCUGCGUCUGUCCCAAUGGUAAACUUUACCUGUCCCCAGCAGGAGCAGGCUCCACAUGUCAAUCCAGUAGCAACAUCUGCUUGUGGAGCUAGAAUGACUCCAAUUUAUCCUCACACCAGAAUAGCCUUUUGUUACUAUCCCUCUGCUUCACAGUUCUGCUCGGUUUCCCUUGUGACAAGUUUGAUGCUUCAAACGGCCUGCAGAGCAACUUCUUCCAGUGUAAGCAGGAAUACAGCGCUGCCUUCUCUUGUGGUUUGUGUUGCCACUCAAUGUAGAGAUGGAAGUGAUAUAUUCAGAAAUCAAUGU